AUGUCUGAACAAGAUCAAAAUGGCAUGUCUGAUCAAGACAUCCCUGUGCAAAUCCCUUCACCGAUAGUGCCAGUGGGCUGGGAUAAUAGUACUGUGUACCUGUACUUGUUACUAAUUCAUAAGGAUUAUCUAUCUGCUAUGCUACCAGCAAUAAUACCAGCACUCAUGAGUCCCUUGGGUGAUUCUACCGCCAUAGCUGCCUACUAUAAUGGGAGGACUCUAUCAGCCUUUGGUGCUGUCCAUUCCCACCGCUAUGCUUCUCGUAAGCUUCUGCUCAUCGUCCACUACAAUGAGCUCGUUCCUUCCCUUCUUCUACCCCCGAUUUCCAACCAAUUUUUAGUGGGAUUUAUGCAGGCGAUGAACCCGCCAUUUCGCUGGGUUACGAGGGAUGCUCAGUGCGGGCCAGUCUUUACACGCGACAUGAAACACUUUCCCUUCAACAUUGUUGACAAGGACAACACAUGCCAAUCUCGCGGGUCGGUCUUCACAAUGUUUCUCUUGUUUUCUGUGGUUAACGACCUUCUCAUUGCUAUAGUCAACAAGAGGUCCUUGGGGUUCCCCGGGACAUUAUGUUCAUUUAUCGACACCAUUGCUGGUGUACUUGCUCCCACGCUCGAGCUUCAACAUUGUCAGCAUGCAUCGCACUGA